GUAUUUUUUUUUUGCAAAGGACUGAAUUUGUAACUUAAAUGAAAUGAGCCAGGAACUUCCUCCUCACUUCUGACACAUCUGCAUUUGCUAUACUACUGUGAUUGAGCUGCAGCUUGUAAGUUUGCUAUGCAAUGGUGUGAGGCUUGGUACGCACGUAUGCACUGGCUGGGUCCAAACAUGUCAGGAAGUUUUAUAGUUCUACAUUUGGUGAAUCUGACCUGCACAUUCUGAAAUAACAGAAUCUCUGGAUGUCCUGCUCCUAAAUUGUCAACAAUAACUACGGAGUGUGCUGGUACCUUUCACUCCUUAGUAGCACAAUACUUCAUCUUUGUCAUUGAGUUUUAUUGGGUCACUAUCGCAUACAAGAGAUAGUUCCAUGAAGUCAGAUGCAAAGGCUACCACCUACUGUGUGACUUCCUUCUUCAGUAUAAAUGCAGAAGAGGUUAUUUCACUUUGGAAAGUCUAUUGAAUGAUGUCAACCUAUUGAGGUUAAAUGGCAUGAACUCAAGUUGUCCUACACUUAGAGUAAUUGGUUUGCAGCAAUAUGAGUAUGGAAACUACUUCCAGAAGGUCUCGUAGGUCUGACCGCAAGCUUCCAGCCCGUUACCGUGAUGAUUCUAUAGCAGUUUCACCAACCGCCCAGCAAAGAACAAGAACCCUUACGCAGACUAGAAAGUUAAAAGGUAAAAAAUGUGUUUCAACUCUGCAAUCUGUUGGUAAUAUGUCAUCAGUUAACACUCCUGAAAACCAAAUACCAAGCUUUAAAAAGGAGCCAGAUGCAUUGCAGAUUGAGGGUUCACCUCUCAAGGGAGAUGGUAAAAUCACAAAAGAAGUGCUUCAAUGUGAAACCAGUGAACAUACAUUUACCAAGCACAACAAUUUAUCCACUGAAGCUGUCAUGGAAGAAGAUGAUGUUGACAAGAAAGUACAAAUGUUAGAAGCUCAACCUCCUAGAAAAGAACGAAAAAUUUGUAACAUAUGUGAGAAGAGCUUUGUCGACAAGUAUACACUCUUGGUGCAUCUCCGCACACAUACAGGGGAAAGACCCUACCAUUGUACUCUCUGUGACAUGAAGUUCUCUCAAAGAAGCACAUUACAGUUUCAUAUGGACACACAUUCUUGUACAAAGCAUGAAUGCUCUGUUUGUGGCUACAAGUUUACACAGGCAAGGAGUCUUAAGAGACACAUGUAUUUUCACACUGGAAAUAAAGAGAUGAAAAGAAAAUUGGUCAACCAGGAUUUGAAAAAAGUGUAUGUUACUACUGUUGAGGAAGCAGGAAAGAACAUGACUGAACUUUGUGAUAAAAAUAGGUUGUUUGUGCAGAUGUAUGAAUGUAAAUUCUGUAAUAAACAUUUUAAAAGAGUUGCUGAGCUGAAAGUGCAUUUACGUGUACAUACAAAUGAGCGCCCAUAUUGCUGUAAAAUUUGUGGGAAAUCUUUCAAGCAAUUGUGUCACUUAAAUGGUCAUCAGAAAACUCAUGACAAAUCAGGAAGCUUUGCAUGUAUGGAUUGUGGUAGCCAUUUCUCUCAGUUAGAGAAUCUUCAAAGGCAUCAAGCUAACAAGAUAUGUGCGGGAGGGAAGGUAUUAUGUAGGAAGAGAGGUAGGCCUCGUAAAAUUGUUAAUAUUGAGCAGAAACAUGAUGAGAGCAAAGUGGUAGUCACUGAUGAGACCGAUAUACAUGUAGCUGAUAACAGUUCUUCACAACAAGCUUUAGAAAAUGUACAGGUACAUGAAUAUGUUGAUGACAUGAAGUCUUCAGAAGAUAUCAAAUUUGUUGGUAGUGGCCCUUUUGUAAACAAAGAACAGUGUGCGAAUGUAUGUGAACUAUGUGGACAUGCCUUAGGAAAGAAUGAUCAACAACACAACUGCUCAAAUGGAAAUGAAGAAACAGUCUUUUGUGAUAUAUGCAACAAGAAAUUCAGGUCAUUGAACUCUCUAAAUGAACAUUUAAAAUCUCAUUCCCAACAUAAGCCGUACUCAUGUGAAAAUUGUAACAAAAGGUUCAAAACCCUGAGAAGCCAGCAGAAUCAUGCCGGGAGAAACUGCUGUACUGGCCAUCGUCCAUAUCAAUGUGAUGCAUGUGGAAAGUCCUUCAUGUAUUCAAGAUAUUUGAAGACCCAUCGAUGUCUUGAUACGCCUGUCAAGGUUUACUCAUGUGGUGAUUGUGGAAAGAUGUAUAGGAGACGAGAUCGCUUAAUAGAACACAUGCGUGCACAUACAGGAGAGAGACCAUUUGUCUGCACUAUAUGUGACAAAACAUUCGCAAAAAUUGCAAAUUUUAGGUUGCAUCAGCGAGUACAUACAGGGGAAAAGAAAUAUGAAUGUUCGCAUUGUAAGAAACGCUUUGCUCAUAAUAGUACACUCCGUUAUCAUGAGACUACACACAAAACUGAAAAAGCCUUCCAAUGUGACCAAUGUGACAAGCAGUUUCCAAGGUUGAAUGCUCUUCAAGCCCAUAAGCAAGUUUGCCAUGUACAUCGAGAUGAUCAAGUUACAAGGAAUGGGUAUAUGUGUGGAAAUUGUGGCAAGGUGUAUCAGCAUCUAAAAAGGCUGAUGAAACAUCACUGUGAGGCAACCAGUGGGAAACGAUUUGUUUGUAAGUUUUGUUGUAAGCAGUUUGACAGGGAGAAGCAGUUGGAUGUUCAUCUGCGGAUACAUACAGGAGAAAAGCCAUAUAAAUGUGACAAAUGUGGGAAAGGAUUCUCUCAGUCUGGUGGCCUCACAGAUCACAUGGUCUGCCAUACUCGUGAAAAGAAGUUCCAGUGUGACCUUUGUGGUGCUAAGUUUUUACGAAUGAAAAGUUUACGCAAACACAAACUUAUCAUUCAUACUGGUGUUGAACCACAGAUCUGUAAACUCUGUGGGGCAACUUUUAAGUACUAUAAAGCGUUGAAGAAACAUGAGGCUAUUCAUGAAACGGAAUCAAGGAACUUCACAGACAUCCUUGAAGACAUUGAACAUGCUAUUAACAAUGCAUCAACAACACAGGUAGAACCAUCAAAUGAAGGUACUGUUGUGCAUGUAGUUAGUGAUAUUGAUCAGAUUGACCAAGUGGCUGAAGUGGUAGUCCAGGAAGAUGGAACUUGUCAAGAAGUUAUCAUUGCAGAUCAUCCAGGAGAUGGCCAUGUAUUUCACUUAUUACAUGAUCCAGAACAGCUUGAAAUUGAGCAGAGUAUCCAAGAAAUUCAGAUUCAGGCUCAGCUAGAGCAAGAAGUAGACAUGACACAUCAGGUUUUAACUCCUGAUGUUACAGCAGUAGACUAUCAUGAAGAAGUUGUUUCUGCAUCCUAAAAAAAAGAAAUCUGAACUGUGAAUUGUUAUUUGUGAUAAGUUCUUUUUGCAUUAGUCCAAUAAAUAUGGUCAUGAAUGAAUAUGUAUAAUGAAUAUUGACAUGAUACAUUUUCUGCAUUUAAUAAAGUUUAACACAUGUUUAAGGAUUUUGGUUGAGGAUUUUGGUUGCAUAAUCACCUCUGCACUGUGUAUUAUAUUCCCUGCUUAUUUAUUAAAGGACCUCCAUCAUGAACUAUAACUGUACAUGCACGGUUUGGUAAUAUAGAAAUCAUUUAUGAUACUCAUUUACCUUUGUAAGAUUUUGAUAGAGUAAAUGCCAGGCUCUUUAAAAUUCUUGUUGUCAUAUAGGCCUAUAUAUAUCUAUUCCUAUAUGUUACAGUUCAUGCCAAUGAAAGAUAUAAACCAAAUAAAUAUGGCCUUCAGAGGUUAUGGUAAAAUUAUGUUCGUGUGACUUCCAAAACCAUAGUUCAACACCCCCCCCCCCGGCAACCUUAUAAUUUGUUGCCUUUGAUAGUAGAGCUAUUAUCCAUGGUACAGUAAGUGUUCAUUAUGGUUGCUGAAAGUAAUGGACUUUUGUUCCCAAACUUGCAAGUUACCUAUAAUUAAAGAUCUACUGUAUGGCAUAAGGAUUUCAAGACAGCAUGAAAUAUCAAGUGAAAGUAUUAUAAACUUCAUGUGAUUUUUUUAAAAUGCUUAAUCUUUUUAUGAUUUUACGUAAAUGGCUACAAACGGAAUAGAAAAAAAGCAGUAAACAUUUAAGACCAUUUGCAAUUUUUUUCCCUGUAAUGUACCAUGUAACAAAAAUUACAAUAGAGAGAAGAAAAGUAUGUAGUUAAGAGAUGGGUAAAAUGAUGAGAAGAGAAGGGUUACAUUGAGGCUGAUCACAUCUUUACCAUGUUUGCUUCUUUCCUUUCCAGUGCUAUG